AUGAUUGUUUAUUUAAUUAUUUUUUUAAAGAUUGUUGACUUACUUAAUCAAGCAUUAUUUUAUGGAAAAGAUAGUGACCGAGUACAACAUCUUCGACAUGUACAAGAACUUAUUUUGCGAAAAGAUCCAAGUUUACUUAAUCAUUUUCUAGAAGAAGUAUUGAAUUUUCAAACAGAUAAAAGUUCAGAAGUAAAAAAAACAAUAAUAUCAUUUAUUGAAGAAGCCUGUCAACAUGAUCCGAAACUUAUUAUUAAAGUAAUCGAUAGUCUUCAUUUGUUACUUAAUGAUGAGAAUAUAUUUGUACAAAAAAAACUUAUUCUGAGUAUGAUUUCAAUUUAUAAAUCGACUUUAACAUGGUUAUCAAAAUCUCUAUUAGUCGAUAAGCAUAUACAUAGUAUGUGGCAAUGUAUGACUAAUAUAAAAACUCAUAUUAUAUCUAUGCUUAAUUCAGAUGAUGAUCGACUUUGUACAGUAGUUAUUAAAUUUAUUGAAAUGUUAAUACUUACUUUAUCACGAUAUGAACAAGAUUUUUCCAAAAAUUUAUCGCAAGAUGAUCAUAAAAUUUUAUGUCGAAUUCAACUAGAACAAGAAGAAAAAGAAAUGAUAGAAAAAUUAUUUGAAUUUACUAUUUCUCAACAUAUAUCUAGUGUCAAUUUAAUUGCAGCUGUGGAAGCCAUAGCUAAUAUUGUUCGACAAAGAUCAGGCUAUAUAAGCCGAGUUAUACAAAUAUUUAAAGUAUUACACGUUAAUUUAUCUUCAACUUUCAUCGAUUCUCAAGUUACUAGUUUACGUAAUAUAAUCAAAUUGAAAUUAUUUAGUCUUCUAAAAUAUUCACCAGUAUAUAACUUACAACCACAAAUUACAACUUUUCUUACUGAUCUUGGUGCUACGCAAGCAGAAAUUCUCAAACAUUUACCUAAAGCAACAUCAGAAUCAAAGCGCAAGUUAAUUGCAAGUACAAAUGAAAAUAGUAAAAAACCGAAAAAUAUUAAUGAUAAUAUAAAUAGCAAUUUAAUAAAAAAAGAAGUCUUAUCAAAUGAUAAUGUUAAAUCAAAUAUGAAUAAUAAUAUUGGACAAGAACAAGUCACAUCAAAUAUAACGAAUGUUCGAAAUGAUGAUCGAUUAUUUGUAACUUCAUCUGCUUUUGAUAGUAAAACACAUUUAGCAUCAACUAAAGAAACUCUGUCAAUAUGUACAGACUUGAUAAAGAUCUCAAGUAUUCAACAGAAAAAAACGAAAUCAUUUAAAUUAUCUAAUGUAAUUAAAUCACUUGAAUAUGAUGAAAUGCAACGUAUGUCACUUGAUUCAUUUCAUCGAAUGCUUCAUGCUGAAGAUAUCUGUGAAAGGGCUGGUGUUGAACAUGUACGACAAAAAAUGAUGACUUCAUUAGUUUGUUUAUUCGAACGAAGUUUUCAUAAUACUUAUGAAGAGUACAUUUUUACUGAUGUACACAAACGAUAUGAUCUUGCAUUUUCAUGGCUUUAUCAAGAAUAUGUCUAUGCUAAUGGCUAUUUAACGCCAAAUAAAAAAAAAGAUUUUUCCAAAUAUGAUAAUAUCUUAUGUCGAUUACUUGAAUACUUACAAGAAAAAUGUGAUGAGCUAUUUUCUCGUCUACUUAGAAGUGCACCAUUAAUUACAGACAAUGCUUUAUCUGUACUCAAACAAUAUUGCCAAGAUGAAAAUUGUUCUUAUCGGGGUAUGAAUCUAUUAAGUAAUCUUAUUUUUUAUCGAAUAAUAAUGCGUGACAAAUGUUUGAAUAUAUUACUUAAUUUUACUCAUAAUGAAAAUAUUUCUGUUAGAAAUAAUGCUAUACAUAUUAUAAAAAAGUUGUAUGAAAAGAAAGAAUUUCAACAAUCAAUCGAAGAAUACGCUUUGAAAUAUUUACCAUAUUUACGAACGUCACGGCCACCAGAAAUACUAUUUUGUGACGAUAAAAAAUCAUCAACAAGUGAGAAAUAA